AUGAAGGCGGAGAAGAGUCCGAUUCAGUCCGUGAUGUCAUGGAUUCGCCGGCAACCGCCCAAGGUGAAGGCUUUUCUCGGCGUGGUUUCGGCAAUGACGGUGCUCGUCUUCCUGAGGGUGAUUGUCCAUGAGCACGAUAACCUUUUCAUCGCUUCCGAGGCCGUUCAUGCUCUCGGAAUCUCUGUUCUUAUCUACAAACUCACCAAGGAGAAGACUUGCGCUGGGAUAUCUCUCAAGACACAGGAGCUAACAGCUUUGUUUCUGGCUGUGCGGUUGUAUUGUAGUUUUGUAAUGGAAUUUGAUUUUCACACGUUGCUCGAUUCAGCUACUUUGGUGACGACCCUUUGGGUCAUCUAUAUGAUCCGUUUGAAGCUUAGACCUACUUAUAUGGAAGACAAAGACAAUUUUGCUAUCUACUACGUCGUAAUCCCAUGUGCUGUUGUAGCUUUGCUCAUUCACCCAACGACACGUCACCACAUCGUGAACAGGCUUCUUUGGGCAUUCUGUGUUUAUCUUGAAGCUGUUUCAGUUCUUCCUCAGUUAAGAGUCAUGCAGAACACUAAGAUCGUGGAACCAUUCACAGCACAUUACGUAUUUGCAUUGGGAAUCGCUAGGUUCUUGAGUUGUGCACACUGGAUCCUUCAGGUGUUGGAUUCGAGAGGGCGAUUACUGACUGCAUUAGGGUAUGGUCUAUGGCCUUUAAUGGUCCUUCUCUCUGAAAUCGUCCAAACCUUCAUUCUUGCAGAUUUUUGCUACUACUACGUCCAGAGUUUGAUGGGUGGACAGCUCGUUCUUCGUCUCCCGUCUGGUGUGGUUUAA